UUGUAGCGCCUGAGACGGUUUCGCUAAACAAAACGAAAACACCGUGAACUUUCGUCCUAUUUUGUACGAAACAGAGGAAAAUGCCCAAAGUAAAAAGGAGUCGGAAGCCUCCCCCAGACGGCUGGGAGCUCAUUGAGCCCACUUUAGACGAACUGGAUCAGAAAAUGAGAGAAGCUGAAACAGAGCCUCAUGAAGGAAAGCGAAAGGUGGAGUCUCUUUGGCCAAUUUUCAGGCUGCAUCAUCAGCGGAGUCGAUACAUCUACGAUCUCUUCUACAAAAGGAAAGCCAUCAGCAGAGAGCUGUAUGAGUACUGUAUAAAAGAAGGCUAUGCAGACAAGAACCUGAUUGCUAAGUGGAAGAAGCAGGGCUAUGAGAACCUGUGCUGCCUGCGUUGCAUCCAAACACGAGACACCAACUUUGGAACCAACUGCAUCUGUAGAGUCCCCAAGAGCAAGCUGGAAGUCGGAAGGAUCAUUGAAUGCACCCACUGUGGAUGUAGAGGAUGUUCUGGUUAAGUGCAGUUUUUGGACUUCUGUUGAGCAUCGGUGCUCACCCAGCCUCCAUCUGUCAAAACCCCACAGCAGCAUUGUCUUAUUUCAGUCACCUGCAUCAGAAACAAAUCGCUGAUAGCUUCACCUCCAUCCUCAGCUGCCCUAAUAGGGCUCAGUAUUUGUACUUUACUCCUUUUUAACACAAGGGGAUAAAGGAGAAUACAUUGAGAGGGGCCAUAUUGUAGUGCAUUUGUUCUUCUGUUUUUUGCUGGGGUUUUUUUUUUGUAUUUUUGCACUCAACUCCAAAAGUAGGAAGUUGAGGUUAGCUGUUUCUACAUCAGGCCUGUCAUUCCAGCUAGUCAUACCCACUGUGAAGGUCAUUUAAAUUCUGAUGUGUUUGGUUUCAUGUAAACAAGGCUGGGAGGGAAGUUAUUUUUGCUUGAAAUGCCAUUGUGUUUAAACCUUAAAUCAGUUUCUUCUUCAUUGUUCUUGUAGUGAAAUUUUAAAUAAAACCAUUCUGAUUUA